GGAAAACUGGCUUUUGAGGAGCUGCAGAAAGGAAACCUGAUCUUCUACGAGUCCGACCUGACAGAGUGUGGCAUCGAUAUGAGAGCAGCCUCAGUGUACUCAGGAGUGUUCACACAGAUCUUUAGAGAGGAGAGAGGGCUGUACCAGGACACGGUGUUCUGCUUCGUCCAUCUGAGCGUUCAGGAGUUUCUGGCUGCUCUUCAUGUCCAUCAGACCUUCAUCAACUCUGGAAUCAACCUGCUGGAAAAAGAACAACAAACGUCUCUGUUGCCUAAAGUGUUUAGAAAGAAAGUUGAUCCAACAACAGGUUUCUACCAGAGAGCUGUGGGCGAGGCCAUACAGAGUCCAAACGGACAUCUGGACUUGUUCCUGCGCUUCCUCCUGGGUCUGUCACUGCCCACCAAUCAGGAGAAGCUAGGAGCCCUGUUGAGACAGACAGGCAACAGGUCACAGACCAAUCAGAAAACAGUGGAGUACAUCAAGAAGAAGAUCAGGAAGAACGUGUCUGCAGAGAGAAGCAUCAAUCUGUUCCACUGUCUGAAUGAACUGAAGGAUGUUUCUCUAGUGGAGGAGAUCCAACAGUCCCUGAGAUCAGGACGUCUGUCCACAGAUGAACUGUCUCCUGCUCAGUGGUCGGCUCUGGGCUUCAUCUUACUGUCAUCAGGAGAAGAUCUGGACGUGUUUGACCUGAAGAAAUACUCUGCUUCAGAGGAGGCUCUUCUGAGGCUGCUGCCAGUGGUCAAAGCCUCCAACAAAGCUGACCUGAGCAGCUGUAACCUGUCAGAGAGAAGCUGUGAAGCUCUGUCCUCAGUCCUUAGCUCUCCAUCCUCCAGUCUGAAACAUCUGGACCUCAGUAUCAACAACCUACCGGAUUCAGGAGUGAAGCUUCUUUCUGCUGGACUCAAGAGUCCAAACUGUAAACUGGAGACUCUCAGACUGAGCAGCUGUAACCUGUCAGAGAGAAGCUGUGAAGCUCUGUCCUCAGUCCUUAGCUCUCCAUCCUCCAGUCUGAAACAUCUGUACCUCAGUAACAACAACCUACAGAAUUCAGGAGUGAAGCUUCUUUCUGCUGGACUCAAGAGUCCAAACUGUAAACUGGAGACUCUCAGUCUGUCAGGUUGUCAGGUCUCAGAGGAAGGAUGUUCUUCUCUGGUCUUCGCUCUGUCAUUAAACCGCAGCCAUCUGAGGAACCUGGACCUGAGCAACAACGAUCCAGGGGAUGCAGGAGAGGAGCUGCUGCUGACUCUACAGCAAUAUCCAGACUGCAGACUGGAAACUCUCAGGGUGGAUCAUAGAGGAGCUCACAGACUGAAACCUGCUCUGAACAAGUAUUCCUGUCAACUCACAGUCGACGUGAACACAAUCAACAGCCAACUCAAACUGUCUGACAACAACAGGAUGGUGACCUGUGUAAAUCAGGACCAGUCAUAUCCUGAUCAUCCACACAGGUUUGAUGACUGGCCUCAGCUGCUGUGUACAACUGGUCUGACUCGUCGCUGUUGCUGGCAGGUACAGUGGAAAGGAGAGGUUCUUAUAUCAGUGAGUUACAGAGGAAUCAACAGGAAAGGAAAGAGGUUUGACUGUCUGUUUGGAUUUAAUGGUCAGUCCUGGAGUCUGUUCUGCUCUGAUGCUAAAGGUUACACUGCCAAACACAAUAAUAGAGAUAUACCCAUCAGUUCCUCCCUAGUCUCUCACAGAGUAGCAGUUUAUGUGGACGUUCCUGCAGGAACUCUGUCCUUCUACAGAGUCUCCUCUGGUUCUCUGAUGCACCUCUACACCUACACCACCACCUUCACUAAACCUCUGUAUCCUGGGUUUGCAAUCUCCUCAGGCUCCUCAGUGUCUUUGUGUGAGCUGUAGGUCUGAGAGAAGCAGAUCUGUCUCAUGCUUCAACACCAAACUUUCAUUUGUCUGAUUCCAUCACGCAAAAUUUCACCAAAUUUUACAAAAAAUCGGUAAAACAUAAUGAAUGAGUGCCCGUUUCCAUCCAAAACAGUAAUUCCUUCACUCAGAGUUGGUUCUCUGAGAUCAGCAGCAGGUGGCGCUAACCCUCCAGUCACUCGCUGAAGACGAGAGAUGAUGGAGUUUCAAGAGUGCAGGACAAACAUCAAAGGAAGAACAUGAAUGUGUGAACAUGAUGGAAAGCGUCACACUGGGACAUCAUGUAUGACGAUGAUGUGUAAAUUCUUGUAUAUAUUUGUCUUAUCAUCUUGUUUUAUUUUUUUAUUGACAUUUAUUGUAUUUUA